AAUAAUUCAGAAACUGAAAGCAUUUUAAGGGAACACUAGUAACAACUGCUUGCCGACAGUUGAGAGAGCUUAGAUGAGACGCAGGCAUCUUUGAAAGACACACACUGGAAAACUUUCUUUUUUUUUUUAAUGUUAAAAAGAUUUUAUUAUCAGAGUUUGGAAGACAGAGGACUCACCCUGGCGUGCCCCGCGGUGACCCUGGGGCUCCGUCGGGGGUGGUGCCCCCGAGGGGACGUGAUCGGUGGAGGGUUCCCCCCGGCAUGAGUUGGGACAGGCACUCGCCGGGCAUCCGUCCCUGAGGCCCUCUGUGUGCUGGCUCUGGGGUCAAUGGGACAAUGCUCUCCGGGGGGGCCUCUCGUGAGGUCUGAUGCUCCGCCCUGGGGGGUGCACGUAUUUCCUAGGCCUAGGAGUGUUGGACUACCGGAGGCUGGGCACCAACUUCAGGGACUACGCCAUUGUGUUCACCCAGCUAGAGUUCAAGGACGAGGCGUUCAACACCGUGGAGCUGUACAGCCGGACAGAGCUGGCCAGUCAGGAGGCCCUGCACCUCUUUGCUAGGUGGAGCCAGUCCUGGGCUUCCUGUCUCAGCAGCAGGCCACAUUGAGGCCGGACCAUGAGGGUCACCCGAUGCCCACGGGCCCCUGACUGACUUCUGU